GUUUCCAGUAAUUUCUACGGGCAACAAAACCAGCGGCAGGAGUCGAGAGGUUUCGAGAAGCGAGCUGGUCUCACCGGUAUUAGAAACGUUUCGCCGCCUUCUCCAUUCAUUUCAGUUGAUUAUCUGUUUUAACGCCGAUUCAACAUGGCGAAGUGGGGAGAAGGAGACCCUCGCUGGAUCGUGGAGGAGAGAGCGGAUGCUACAAAUGUCAACAACUGGCAUUGGACGGAGAGGGAUGCUACAAACUGGUCAUCAGAGAAGCUGAAGGAACUACUUAUGGGGCUGCGGGUGGAGAGUGACGACGGCAUGUGUGAGAUCACAGAGUUCAGCAAGGUGGAGGGAGAGGCAUCUAUUAACAACCGGAAAGGGAAACUUAUUUUCUUCUAUGAAUGGAAUCUAAAGGCCACCUGGACAGGGACAUCAAAGUCAGGAAUCAAAUACAAGGGGAAUAUAGAAGUUCCGAACCUUUCAGAUGAAAAUGACAUGGAUGAUCUUGAUAUCAGCGUGAGUCUUUGUAAAGAUGAGCCUGAGACAACGUUGCUCUCUCUGAUGAGGAGGGAGGGAGCGGAUAAAGUUCGUUUAACACUCGCCAGCUAUGUGGACUUCCUCAAAACAGAGUUCACACAGGGCAUGAUUCUGCCUACAGCCAAUGGUGUGACAAAACAGCAGAACGCCCAGGCACCAGUUAAGUCGAACAAAACUCAGAUCAGCUCAUCCACUGCUGCUGCUCCUCCUCCCAGCACAGGGGUGAAGAUCCCCACUUGCAAGUUUUCACUAAAGGACACUUUCCUCACCUCACCAGAUGAGCUUUACAGGGUCUUUUUAAACCAAGAAAUGUUACAGGCUUUCACACGCAGUAGUGCUGUGGUUGAGCCAGAGAAAGGUGGGAAAUUCCGCCUGUUGGACGGACAUGUGAAUGGAGAGUUCCAGGAGCUGGUACCCGACCAGAAGAUAGUAAUGAAAUGGAGGUUUAACUCAUGGCCUUGUGAGCACUAUGCGACGGUGACAUUGACAUUUACAGACAAGGGUAACGAGACCGAGUUAAAGAUUGAGUGUCGGGGGGUUCCCGAGAGCGAAGAGGAAAGAACACGAGACGGUUGGCAGAGGUAUUACUGCCAUGCCAUUAAACAGACUUUUGGCUAUGGUGCACGACUCUGCUGAGCCCAGGUUGUAGCCGCCACUGUUUUUGACUCGACUUUUUUGGGUUUCGUUUGUUUUAUUGGUUUUAUUUUCGUUUAUUUUGGACCACCUUCACAUGAGAGGAUGUGAAUGCGACUGAACAGCAGAUAUCACAUUGCUCCAUUAUCAACAUGUUCCUUUCUGAUUGUGAUGUUUACAGUAAUUAAAGAAAAGACUUUGAGAAACCAGAACUGAAAGAGAUGAAUACAGAUGGGAGAAACUUGAGUCAUAUGAAUGUGUAAUAUAAUUGAUAUUUUAGUAUGGUAUCUCUCUGAUGGCAGUCUUUUCCUGUUCUGUUAAGGUUCAGGGUUGAACGAUGCAUUUUAUGCACUGGGUGUUUUUUUUUCUCAUUUUCAUGAAGACUGUUUCGGAAAAGAAACAAGAGGAAUUUCAGACCACCUAAGUUCCUAAUUGUAUGAAAGAAGGAAAUUGACAUUGUGGCUUUUGUUCAUGUAAAUGUUUUGUCAUCAUGUUAUCAAAAUAGUAUUAUGAAUAUGUCAUUUUUAUCCAUAGCAAUUUAUAUUCUUUAAAAAUAAUGCAAGAUUCCGAAAGCCUGUUUCUUUUGUGUCAAACUGAUUAUAUUAAAAUCUGUGUAAAAUGCACAACUAGGCAUUUUUGGAUUGUGCUUUUCUAAUUGCUGGAGGCUAGCUUUGUAUUUCUGCAAGUACUGUAUUUCAACCUUAAUAGGGCUUUGUGCUAAAAUAUUGAAAUGCUAAACUCUAAAGUGGAAGUACAAAAACGUUCACUCAGUAUUGGAAUAAAAUGGUGAAAAAUAUCCUGCCCCAAAUAAUGAUUCAGCAAAACGUUUGUAGCCUAUUGGUUUUAUUUAUUUUCAUGUAUAUCUUCAUCACAAUUUGUGACCAGACAAAGAGCAUCACUUAAGAAUAAAAAGCCUUUGAAACAUC